GUAACUAUGGCACUGCGUUCAUCAGGCCAAACAAAGUGUGAUUAGAAAUGCUCUCAAGUGUUCAAGCUGAUCAAAUUUCAGGUUUUUAAUUCAAGCAUGUUAUUCCUCUGAAGAUUUAAAGGCACUGGAGAGCAGCAGUAAGUAUUGAGUAACUGAUUGAGAACUAUACAGGAAGGAAGGAGUGUGUGUGUUCAACAUAUUCCUCAGCUUGAGCACCAUGGCAGGGGCUGUUCACAAUCAUCACGCCCCAAAACGCCCAGGAGUGGGGCUCGGGGUGCUCGUCAGCGAUUCCUCCCACCCGGGGUGUGUGCUUCUGGGAAGGAGAAAGGGUGUGGUUGGAAAAGGUUUGCACCAGUUACCUGGAGGUCACAUCGAAUUUGGAGAGACAUGGGAGGAGUGCGCGCAGAGAGAGGUGAUGGAGGAGGCUGGCAUUCGGUUGAAGAACCUCCACUUUGGCACCGUAGUAAACUCCAUCAAGCUUGAAGAGGACUAUCACUACAUUACAAUCUUCAUGCAGGGGGAAGUGGAUAAAGACUUCAUAACAUCCGAGCCAGUUAACAUGGAGCCUGAGAAAAACGAGGGUUGGUCAUGGAGAGCCUGGGACGACUUUCCUCCUCAAGAGCAGCUUUUCUUACCACUGGCCAAUCUGAGACAGCAGGGUUUCCAGCCAUUCAGAAGGAUUUGACUUAAACAAGGAACUGUCUAUACUUUCCUGACUUUCUCUGAGGAAACAAAUACACUGGAUGUGUUAGUAAUAUUAAACAUCUUCCCAACUGA